AUGGGGGCGAAGGCGAAGGCCCAGCGGCCGAAGAAGAGAAAGGGGGCCCCCCGUGAGCAAGUCGAUGAGGCCCCUCACCCACGCCUGCGGAGGAAAGAGACGAAGAGCCGUGAGGCGGAAGCCGACUGGGAAGGUUCUCCACCAGCAGAGGAUACAAAGGAUAAGCAGCGAAGGGAGGAGCUUGUGGCUCUGGAGAUGCUCCUCUUUGGAACGCCAACAGCCCCCGAGGAAGACACCCAGCUUCGUGAGGCUGCAGCACCUGCGGACCCCGAGGCGUCCACGGGUAAGGAGGCUUCUGAUAGCCAGCGAAAGCGAAAGAGGAGGGAAGGACGCGGCGACUGCCGCAGCGCUGGCGCAGCAGAAGCAACAGCCUCAGCAGAAGCGGCAGCCUCAGCAGAAGCAGCAGAAGCAGUAGCAGCGGCAGAAGCACGAGACGCUGGGGUGGCUGCAUGGGUCGAUCCGCACGAUGCGAAGCUGCGCAUCGAUAUUGAUGCGGAUCCAAAGCUGCGCAAGCUGAAGAUGAGAAAGGCAGAAAAGUACCUCUCAGGCGAGGAAUAUCAGAGGCGGCUUCAAGCCUUGCAUCACAAGCUCAUCGGCAAGGGGCAAGGCCUUGAUUGGAUUCAACAGGCCAGGCUGCGGAAGGAUGAAGGAGAGCUCACAGGCUUUCGCCACACGGGGCAGGAGGCCGCACUGGCCAGUGGAGAGAGGCUGGUGGUAGCGUCUGACAGGAGAAGGCUCGGUAGGAAGCAGAGGGCUGUCUCGCUUCCCCCCACGCGGAUCACGAUGCGGAGGCUUGAGGAUGCGAAUAAGCAAGACGUUAGCCUGUGCCCUGUGUCUGCCCUUGAGUUUCAUCCGACGUCAAACAUUCUGCUGACUGCUGGACGGGACAAAAGCCUGCGCCUUUUCCUGGUGGAUGGUAACAAGAACUGUCGCUUAGAAUGCGUGCAUGUCAAGGGGUUUCCAAUAGUAUCCGCGUCCUUCUCCGUCUACAAUGGUGGAAGAACAGUCAUGCUUCUCAGUAACGCUUGCAAGGCCAUUGCGGAAUACGACCUGGAGCAAGGGUAG